AUGGCGUUGAUGAAGGUCAAGUUUGAUCUGAAAAAGCGAGUGAAGCUCGCCCAAAGCGUAUGGUUCCUCUUCUGGUUCGCCGUCAUGGCUGGCGUACUGGUCUUCAGCAUGGGCCUCUUCUUCAAGAUCGAGCUGCGUAAGCGCUCGGAGCUGAUGGACAACAACGAGAGCCACUUCUUGCCCAACCUGCUCAUCCUGAUGGGCCUGCUGGCGUGCGGCAUCAACGCAUUCGGUGGCAAGGUCUGCUACGACUCCUUGGAUCCCACCAAGUUCGUCAAGUGGAAGCCCAUGCUCAAGACCUUUCUGGUGGGGUGCGUGGUCUUCAACGUUCUGCUGGUGCUCACGGCGCUGCUGUGCUUCGUCAUGCGCAUCCCGCUGCAGUUCACGCUGGCCGAAGGCCUGCGCAACGGCAUGCGCUACUACAAGGACACGGACACGCCGGGACGCUGCUACAUGAAGCGGACGCUGGACCUGAUGCAGAUGGAGUUCCGCUGCUGUGGCAACGACAACUACAGGGACUGGUUCGAGAUCCAGUGGGUCAGCAACCGCUACCUGGACUUCAGUUCCAAGGAGGUCAAAGACCGCAUCGGGAGCAACGUGGACGGCCAGUACCUGAUGGACGGCGUGCCCUUCAGCUGUUGUAACCCGGGUUCGCCGCGGCCGUGCAUCCAGCUGCAGAUGACCAACAACUCGGCGCAUUACAGCUACGACCACCACACCGAGGACCUCAACGUGUGGAGGAGCGGCUGUCGUGAUGCUUUGCUCUCCUACUAUGGUGGCAUGAUGGCCACCAUCGGCGCUCUGGUGCUGCUGGUCACCAUGCUAGAGAUCGCCGUGACAGUGGGCCUGCAAUACGUCGACACCUCGCUGUCCACUCUGGCCAACCCCGAAGACCCGGAGAGCGAGAGCGAGGGCUGGCUCCUGGAGAAGACGGUCAAGGAGACGUUCACCGACAUCAUGGCCAAAAUGAAGGCCAUGAAAGGCGGCAAAGUGGAGGAAGGGGGCGAAGAGGGCGGCGUAGCCACUGUGAGCUGAGCGAUCUAUCAACUCCCCUCACACCCUGCCAAAACUGACACCGCCACCACGCCCAAAUGGAAGGAAAAGGACUUGUGAGAUGAUUUUUUUUUUUUUUUUUGGCUCUUUGCAGUAGUGAAAACAAAGGCGUAGUGAACCAAGGGAAUGUAAGACAUUAAAUGCAAAUGAGAUCCGGGCAAAGAAAUUUGGAUGGGGAUGGUGGUUACUAUGCAACCCCCCUGUCGCAGAAACGCAACACAUUCACAAGCCAAUUGAAGAGGAAAUUAUUUUUGUUGAUACCACGGAUAAAUUUGGCAGCUAAAUAUUUUGUUCCCCAAAAGCAAUCCACAAUCCCCUGUCAGAAGUUUAUUCAAUCUCUUUAUAUUUAACAACGGGGUGGGCGGUCUUUGUACAUAGUGUAGAAAACGUGGCGAUAAAAACAUUUUUUUAAUAUAAUGUACUUUGUCUAUUUAAAUAUAUAAAUAUCAAUGUAAAUGUGUGUAUAUGGGCUGUGUGUUUAGAAAACGGGAAAAAACUAAUAAAAUCACUUAGAGUUUGUGUAAGAAAA